CACGCCUCUCUGUCAGAACACGGAUGCUCUUCCAGACCUCAGCAGGGUAUAUAACCGACCUGAGCGCAGACGAACUGGGUGGAAACCUGGAAGAGCAGCACUGUCAGCUCCUUCACACCCAGCAUCUGUCUUCUGUCCUCACCUCACCAGGUCCUGAGCACUAUGGCACUCAACAAAGAGUUCGCAACUGCAGGGAAGAAGCCCGGCCUGCAGGUGUGGCGGGUGGAGAAAAUGGAUUUGGCCCCUGUCCCUACUGAACUCCACGGAGACUUCUUCAGCGGAGACUCUUACAUACUGCUCUAUACCACCUCUGCUCCUUCUUACAACAUUCACACGUGGAUUGGCAGUGACGCUUCCCAGGAUGAGAGAGGGGCUGCUGCCAUCUUAAUGACCCAGCUGGAUGACUUCCUGGGUGGAGCCCCAAGACAGUUCACAGAGUUUCAAGGGGAAGAGUCGCUCACCUUUCUGGGCUACUUUAGGUCCGGCAUCAAAUACAAGAAAGGCGGAGUGGCCUCGGGCUUUAAGCACGUGGUGACCAACGAUGCGAAUGUCAAACGUCUGCUGCACGUGAAAGGUCGUCGCACUAUCAGAGCCAAGGAGGUGGACCUGAGCUGGGAAAGCUUCAACAAAGGAGACUGCUUCAUCAUUGACUUGGGAAAGAAUAUCUUCCACUGGUCUGGCAGUGAAAGCAAUCGCUUUGAGCGCCUGAAAACCACUGAGCUUGCCCUUGAUAUCCGAGACAAUGAGCGAAAGGGCCGUGCUACAGUGGAAAUGAUUGAGGAAGGCUCUGAGCCAGAAGCUGUGAUUGAAGUGCUUGGACCCAAGCCCGACCUCCCAUCAGGAAGCUCUGAUGAUGUAUCCACAGAUCAGAAGAACAAGAGUGUGGCAUCUCUCUAUUUGAUUUCUGAUGCUGCUGGCUCCAUGACGACAACCAUGGUGGCUGAUAAAAACCCAUUCAAACAAAACAUGCUCUCCCAGAAUGAAUGCUACAUCGUGGACAAUGGAGGAGGCAAUAAAUUAUUUGUCUGGAAAGGGAAGAAUGCAAACGCAGAUGAGCGCAAAGCAGCAUUUACUGCUGCAAACAAGUUCAUCAAAGACAAGAAUUACUCCCAAAAUACUCAGGUCCAAAUAAUGCCAGCAGGGGGUGAGACGACCCUGUUUAAGCAGUUUUUCUUCAACUGGUUGGACAAGGAUGAGACCACAGGCCCAAGUAAGGCCUACACCAUCGGUAGCAUCGCCAAGGUGAAGCAGAUUCCCUUCGACUCCUCCAAACUCCACAGCAACAACAUCAUGGCUGCCCAGCACGGCAUGGUGGAUGACGGCUCUGGGAAAGUCCAGAUUUGGCGCGUGGAAGUAGGUGAAAAAGUGCCUGUGAACCCAUCCACCUAUGGACAGUUCUUUGGAGGUGACUGUUACCUGGUGCUGUACUCCUACAACGCGGGAGGCAGAGAGAAGCAUAUCAUCUACACCUGGCAAGGACGGAGUUGCACCAAGGAUGAACUGGCUGCUUCAGCCUUUCUCACAGUCAACCUGGACGAUUCCAUGGGUGGAGUAGCUACCCAGGUUCGUGUCACUCAGGGCCAAGAACCUUCCCAUCUUGUGAGUGUGUUUAAGGACAAGCCUUUGAUUAUUCACCUGGGUGGAACAUCGCGCAAGUGUGGCGAGAGCAAGCCUGCCAGCACACGUCUCUUCCACAUCCGCCAGAGCUCCACCAAAGCCACACGGGCUGUUGAGGUAGGGCCCACUGCCUCCUCCCUGAAUACAAAUGAUGUGUUUGUCCUGAAGUCACCUGAGUCCCUGUUCAUCUGGAAGGGAAAGGGAGCGACUCCAGAGGAGAUUGCUGCAGCUAAGUAUGUUGCCAGCCUGCUCGGGGGAGCUGCCACUGAGGUGGAGGAGGCCAGCGAGCCAGCUGGUUUCUGGGCAGCACUGGGUGGGAAGAAGGAGUACCAGACCUCCAAGACCCUGCAGAAGACAGUCAGGCCCCCACGACUGUUUGCCUGUUCAAACAAGACUGGCAGGCUGAUAGCGGAGGAGGUGCCUGGUGAGUUCACGCAGAUGGAUCUGGCAACCGAUGAUGUUAUGAUCCUGGACACGUGGGAUCAGAUCUUUGUUUGGGUUGGAAAGGAUGCCAACGAGACUGAGAAAACCGGAUCACUGACCAUUGCGCAAGACUAUGUGAAUUUGGACCCCUCUGGCCGCCGCGGUAUCCCCAUCAGCACAAUUAAGCAGGGGGAGGAGCCACUCUCCUUCAGCGGCUGGUUCCAUGCCUGGGACCCCAAGAUGUGGGACAAAGAUCUUUUGGAGUGCCUGCAAGCCCGUAUCAAAAAUUAGUAGUAGAAAAACACUGCAAGAUACCUGCAAAUGUCAGCAUUAAAGUUUUGACAUCCUAUUUUGCAACUCUGAUACACUUAGCAUCUCAAAAUGGUAUUUUUUUUAACACAUCAAAGUAAGAUUUACAUUUUGACAUAAGAACGUGGACAGAAUCGAAUAAUUCCACACUUGCAAUAGCUCAACUAUAUUGAAUCAAACUUUUUCUGGAAUUUUCAUUGCAGCUUGUUUUCAUUCUGUGUUAUGCAUUACAACAACAAGCUGACAAGUGUUCAUCCAGUGAAAAAGCAUGAUGCACUAUUUAUCCCAAGUUCAGUGUGGCCUUAAGGGACAGUUUUUAAUUUACAUGUGUGAUAGUUGAGAUACCGGCAUUUUAAAUGCCACAAAUUUAUUUCUGUUAGCAUCAAAAAGAAUUUUUACGUAGAUUUCCCCAUUUUAAUGCUUACAAAGACCAAUUAUUUUGUGAAAUUUAGCAUUUAAAUAAAAGUAUGACCUUUUUUGAAAA